GGGCGUGGGCGACGGCCGGACGGGUGGCGGAGCAGCCGUCGCGGGGCCUCGCUGCGGCCUCCAGCGCCCGAGUCACGGGGAAUGCAGUGGCCCCCGACCCCUGGCGCCUCUGCGUGUCUGGGCUGGGCCUCCUCGCUCGCCUCCUCCACGGCCGCGACGCUCCUGGGCCGAGCCGGCCCGGGCCCCCUCAUGGCGGCCAAGUGGUUCAAGGAGUUCCCCCUGAACCUGAAGACCGUGUCGGAGCGGGCCAAGCCCGGGGGCGGCGGCGGCGGCGGCAAACUGCGCAAGAACUCGGAGGCGGGCGGCGCUGGGCCGGGUCCUGGCAAGGGCCGCAAGAACUCGGCGGCCGAGCUGGGGAGCGGCAGGGCCGGCAUCGGCCCCAAGGACAGCCGGCUGUCCCGCGACAGCCUGCAGGGUCUGAUUCAGGCCGCCGCGGGCAAGGGCCGCAAAAACUCCCGGGCCACAGAGGAGGAGCCCCACCGGGGUGCGACCAAGAGCUCCGGCUGCAGCACCUACAUCAACAGGCUCAUCAAAGUGGACACUCAGGAGAAGAACGGGAAGAGCAACUACCCCAGUAGCAGUAGCUCCAGCUCUAGCUCCUCUUCCUCCGCGUCCUCUUCCCCUUCCUCCCUGGGGCCUGAGCUGGACAAGGGCAAGAUUAUUAAGCAGCAAGACACGGUCAUCAUUUUAGAAGACUAUGCUGACCCUUAUGAUGCCAAACGCACAAAGGGUCAAAGGGAUGCAGAGAGAGUCGGAGAGAACGAUGGUUACAUGGAACCAUAUGAUGCACAACAAAUGAUAACAGAAAUUAGACGACGGGGUUCCAAAGAUCCCCUAGUGAAGGCUCUCCAGCUGCUUGACGGUCCCUGUGAACCUGCAGAGGGUGGCCUGAAGUCAGAGACCUUGGCCAAAAGACGGAGUUCCAAGGACCUCCUGGGGAAGCCGCCACAGCUGUACGACACUCCCUACGAGCCUGCAGAAGGGGGGCCCAGGGCAGAGGGGAAGGCACGGCCCCCUGACAGCCGGCUGCCUGAGAACGAUGAGCGGCCCGCGGCUGAGUAUGAGCAGCCGUGGGAGUGGAAGAAGGAGCAGAUCGUGCGGGCUCUGUCAGUCCAGUUUGAAGGAGCUGAGCGACCUUCCGUCAAGGAGGAGACAGUGAGGCAGCACCACCGGCAGAAGAGCUGGACCCAGAAGAUCCUGAAGCCAGCCCUCUCGGACCACAGUGAGGGGGAGAAAGUGGACCCGGGCCUGCCCCUGGAGAAACAGCCCUGGUAUCAUGGUGCCAUCAGCCGUGCUGAGGCUGAGAGUCGACUACAGCCCUGCAAAGAAGCUGGUUAUCUAGUUCGAAACAGUGAAUCAGGGAACAGCAGGUACUCCAUUGCCCUAAAGACUAGUCAAGGAUGUGUCCACAUCAUAGUGGCUCAGACCAAAGACAACAAAUACACACUGAAUCAGACAAGCGCUGUGUUUGACAGCAUCCCUGAAGUGGUACACUAUUAUUCCAAUGAAAAGUUGCCUUUCAAAGGGGCAGAACACAUGACUUUACUCUACCCCGUGCACAGCAAGCUUCACUAAGGUUCAGCCACUGCAAGCCCUGGGCCUCUGGCACCUGCAAGGGCACCAUCAGCGCACAACCAGCAUCUCAGAGGACAAGGCUGGACUAGCAAUUGCUAGAAAAUGGGAGUCUUCCUUGAA